GACGUCCUGCCAGCUCCGAGCCGUCAGUCCGAGGGCGGCAGCCGGGGACGGUGGAUCACAUACUGUCUCAGUGUCCGUGUCACCAUGUCGGCCCUCAGCAGCCGGCUGGCGACGCUCCUGACUUUGGCCGUGCUCAUCGUGACGGCCGGCUGUGACGGUGGCAGGUCAAUCCCGCUGAGUGAAAUCAUACAGCAAGUGGUUCGUGAGUGCAUCCAAGGGAAGGAAUUCAUACAGCAAGUGGUGCGUGAUGAACUGCAGUCAGGAACGGAACCUCUGGAGAACAGGCUGGAGUCUAGGAUGGAGACUCUGGAGCGCAGAAUGGAGGAGCUGACCGGCCGACUGGACGGCCAGCAGACUCAGCUGGACGAGGUCGUCACACAGCUGAACGGCCAAAAAUCCCAGCAGGACGAGACGACAGCCACUGUGAACGACCUCACAGAACGACUGAGUGCUAUCGCCAUCCGCAUGGAAAAACACGUGACCGAAAUGCGUAAAUUGGCUACGAGGCUCGACAGCCAGCAAUCAACAAUGAAUGAGCAAAAAUCACAACAAGAGGAGACUGCAGCCACAGUGAAUAACGUCACAGCGCAACUGGAUACCAUCGUUACACAGCAAGGAAAUCAACUCAACCAGACGUCUCAACUGGCUACAAGGAUCAACAGCCAGCAAUCACAACUGAGCGAGCUCAACACCCAGCUGAACGAACAAAAAACGACUCAGCGUGAGGUUUCAGUCAGAAUGGAUAACCUGACCUCCCAGGUUGACAUUCUAGGAUCCAAGCUGACCGGAGCCAUCAACAACACAUCAUCCCAACAGGAGCGUAUUCAUGACCUCGCUGCUAAGGUAAACCAUCACCAUCCUCCCCGUGACUGCAGCGGUCUGCCUGUCGGCUCCCCAUCUGGAGUCUACCUCCUUCGGCCCAGUGGUAACAACACACAACCACCCGUCCAGGCUUACUGUGACAUGGCCACUGCCGGAGGGAACUGGACGGUGAUACAACGACGAGACAACAUCGAGCCCCACCAGGACUUCUACCUCGGAUGGACGGACUAUAAGGUGGGCUUUGGUAAUGUUACCAAAGAAUUCUGGUGGGGCUUGGAACACGUUUAUCAGCUUACGUCAUCGGGCCGACAGUUCGAACUCCGUAUUGAUCUGGAAGCGUUUGACGGUAAUAGAUCAUACGCUACAUAUCAACAGUUCCGUAUCUCGUCUGAGGUGGAUGGGUACAGACUGAGCUGUACCGACUACUCGGGAACUGCCGGCGAUGGUCUGGAGAACAGCGUCAAUCAGAAGUUCUCUACCCGUGACCGUGACCAGGACAGGUCUUACCUCCACUGUGCACAGCACUGUCAGGGGGCCUGGUGGUACGGACCGGGGUUGUGCGGGGUAAUCAGCCUGAACGGACGGUACCGGGACGGCGGUAAUGAGGACCACACUGGAAUAUGGUGGUACACGUGGAGGUACGCUGAGUCACUGAAGAAAACAGAUAUGAAGAUCAGACCAACGUACUAAUCUACACACCAAGGAGAACAUCACAGUGGUGUGGAUACCCUGGUGUCACGUGUACCGAGCCGGUGUCACAGUAUUUACUCGAACACUAACACUGUAGUGUGGGUUAGAGUGUGAAGUUCUUAAUCACGUGACGUUGUACGAGGGUGCAACUCGGCGCUUUUCUGCGAAUGAGAAGUAUGAUGUGCGAUUAUCUAUAGGACUCAAUACACGUGUCCGUCGGUCUCUCUCUCUCUCUCUCUCUCUCUCUCUCUCUCUCUCUCUCUCUCUCUCUCUCUCUCUCUCUCUCUCUCUCUCUCUCUCUCUCUCUCUCUCUCUCUCUCUCUCUCCCUCCCUCCCUCCCUCCCCUUCCAUACCUGUCUCUGUUGAUCCUGCUCCAGUUGAGACAUCUCUACCUCGGCCCUCUCGGCCAUUUUCUGUCGCAGCUGCAGCUCCGUGUCGGCGUCCGCCUCCAGCGAUUUCAG